AUGGCACGUAAUAGAAGAUCAGUUCGUGGUGGAAAAAGAAAAUUUCACCGAUUUAAUGAUCAACCGAAGCCGAAAAAAGGUAAAUUUAACCUAAAAGAGGCUUCAUAUGUCAAAGAUCGAAAUGCGAAAAAUAAGGAAAUCGAGAAACGUAGACAAAUGUUGGAAGAAGAAAAGUUACAGCAACAACAAAACGCAGAAAGUGACGAUUCUGGCAAUGAACAAGAAAAUCCAUUACAAAAUUUAUUAUCUUCAUUUUCGAAUACUACUAAUUUACAACUAACUGCUAUCGAAUCUAAUUCAGAAAGUGAUAGUACUAGUGAUGAUAUUGACAGAGUUAGUGACAAUUUAAAAGUGCACUCUAACAAUACAGAUGAAGAACCAGAGUCAGUGAAUGAUAAUGAAGAAAUAAAAAUGAAAGAGAUUGACGAAGAAGAUCCUGAAACUGCUAAAGAAGAUGCUGGUUAUUUAGAAAAUCCAUUUUCAAUUCAUCUUAACAAUGAUUUGAGUGAUAACCUUUACGAAGCAGUUUCUAAUGUUCCACAAAUUAUGGAAACACAAAAGAUCACUUGGCCUGUUUUAGGCAAUCUUAUAUGCCAAAUACCAAAAUCCUCAGAUGAUACAAAAGACACGAUGAAAGAAUCAAAGAUUUCUAUUUUAGAAAAUAAACAGUUUGCACAGUGUGAUUUAUAUUACCCUGAGAGGACAUUUUCUAAUGUAGAUCAAAUAAGAUUUAUAUAUUGUUUACAUGCAAUUAAUCAUGUGUUGAAAACACGAACAAAGGUAUUGCACCACAACACAAAAAUAAAGUCAAAAUGUACAAACAUGGCAGAAGUACCAGAUGAGUAUAGAGAUCAGGGUCUAGUGAGACCAAAAGUUUUAAUAAUAGUUCCUUUUAGGCAUUCGUGUUUAAAAAUUGUCGAAUUAUUGAUAUCUAUUCUAAUUGGAGAAGAUAAAGGUGGCUCAGUAAUAAAUAAGAACAGAUUUAUGGAAGAUUUCAGUGGUAACGAAUUAAUAAUGCCAAAAAGAAAUCCAAAACCUGAAGAUUAUGAAUUGACAUUUCAAGGAAAUACAGAUGAUACUUUUAAGAUAGGAAUUUCUGUUACGAAAAAGACUUUAAAACUAUAUUCAGAGUUUUACUCUUCUGACAUAAUAAUUUCAUCCUUAUUAGGUUUAAGAAUAUUAAUAGGUGCAGAAGGUGAAGCAGAUAGAGAUUAUGAUUUUUUGGCAUCGAUAGAAUUAUUGAUUCUUGACCAAGCAGAAUUGUUUUUAAUGCAAAACUGGGAUCACAUGAUACAUGUAUUAAAUCAUUUACAUUUACAACCAAAAGAAUCUCAUGGAACAGAUUUUUCAAGAGUAAGAAGUUGGUGUGCACAUGGAUGGACUAAAUAUUAUAGACAGACAUUAAUAUUUUCAAGUAUUCAUAUACCUGAGAUUUAUGGAAUAUUUAAUAAGAAAUGUUACAAUUAUGCAGGAAAAGUAAAAAUAAUAAAUCCUGUUUCUUCUGGAUCUAUUUGUCAAGUACUUGUACAAAUUCCACAAGUGUUUCACAGAUUCAAUGCUUCCAAUCAUUCUCAAGCUUUGGAAUGUAGAAUGGAAUUCUUUAUAACAAAAAUACUUCCCCAAUAUAAGGAUAGAAUAAUGAAUCAUACGUUAAUUUUUAUACCAUCUUACUUUGAUUUUGUGAAAUUACGAAAUUAUUUAAAAAAAGAAGAAUAUAGUUUUGUGCAAAUUUGUGAAUAUUCCAAAGAUGCAAAAGUAGCAAGAGCAAGAGACAUGUUCUUUCACAGUGAUGCACAUUUUCUUUUAUAUUCGGAACGAUUUCACUUUUUCCAUAGAAUAAGAGUGAAAGGUAUAAGACACAUUAUAUUUUAUGCACCACCAAUUUUCUCACAAUUUUACACAGAAAUGUGUAACUUAAUGCAAGAAGCUUAUCAAAAUCCACAAUCAGGUUCUGAAAGUAAUAUGACGGUUACUAUUUUAUAUUGUAAAUACGACAUUAUGCAUCUUUCUGCAAUUGUAGGAACUGAAAGAGCAAGUAAAAUGCUUGGAUCAGAAAAAUCUAUCCACAUGCUUAUGACUGAUAUUUCUUUGGUUUCUGUAGUUAAAUUAGUUUGUAAAUCCUCGAAUGUUGUUGGCAAAGAAGUAGUAGAUGAUUCAGCAAUUUCUGUUAAAAUAGUUAGCAAAUCCUUUUGUUGUGGAAUGGUUGUGACUUCUGACAGAGAACUUUGCUCGUUCGCCACAAAUUUGAAUAAGAAGUCGAUUUUAAAACGAAUAACAUCACAACAAUUGAAGGAUUUUAGUUGUUUAAAUCCUAUUUUUACCGUUUAUGAUAGAGGGAGUGGUGUGAAAAUUUGGUAAUUUUAUAUUAGCACAGUCUGGUUUCGUUCUCAUCUUGAUAGGAACUUUAGGAUCCCAUAGAAAUGUAUAA